AUGUUCUCCCUCCGCACCGUCUUCGGUGCCUCCUCCGGUGCUCUCCGCCAGUACCUCCCCUCCGUGACCACUCGCGCCGCUUCAUUACGGCCUUUUUCGCACAUGAUCCAGAAUGGACUCACAAGGCUCCGUGGCCAAGCACAGACCGGCAGCGCGGUUGCCUUGGCGAAUUCCUCCGCUAGACAGGUUGAGCAGGUCCGGGGGAUGAAGACCCGGUCUUCUGUCAAGAGACUGUGUGAUGGAUGCAAGGUAUGA